UAAAAAAAAAAAAUACUCCAGUCGACCUCGCCGCCGCCCUCUGCGCGGUCCGUUUCGGGUCAGCGGCCGCCGGAAAUCUCUCACCCCCUUUGGAGCCAAGGAGGAGUCGAGGAUCUUGGAGCGAUGGAUUCUUCUUCAGAAAGCGCGCCCUCUGAUCGCGAAGAAGAGCAGCCGGCGUGGUCCCUGCCGCUGCCGGCCGCCUUUCUACAGUUCCUCGGCGAGAACGGCCUGGACCCCAUGCCGUACUCCGUGUCGGAAACCAUUCCGUGGUACAUCAGGGAUGGUGGCAGAGAUCGAAAGCGAACUCAAGUGCGAUCUCCAGAAGGUUCCAUGGCUGCCGGCUUCUACGCUAUUCCGCCUGAAGUUCAGAUUGCUGAGUCCAAGGCUUAUCCGCAAGGCAAGGUCCUAGUGGAUGCAGAGUGUACUCAUGAUGGAUCAAUAAAUAAAUUCAGAAGUUUGAGUUCUGGGGUGGAAAACAAUAGAUCGACGUGUGCUCGACGCACAACGAACUGAGAACCUGUUCCAUCUAUAGGUUCUACUUUCAUUCUUGAUGCUAGCUUAAAGGCUUGGCACUCGAUCCAGAUAUUAUAUCUUUCCCAUCUUAAAAUCCAAUUCUUGACAAGCUGAAGUUUAUGCUUGUGAAUUUUGAUGAGCUUGCUUUGCUACGCAUCUACAUCUUCUCACAAAUGGUUAAACCGGUGAUCACUUGUAUAUAGUACUUGUAGGCGCGUAAUUUUUUGGCAUGCAAACCUUUUAUACGGAGUAGUUUAUUUUCACAGUCUAGUCUUUGUGGUUCAUACCCGUAUGACCAUAUCACUUACUGUUUACCUCCGAAUAGCUUGACUGUCGCACAAAAUGAGGAUGUCGUUUAGCAAUUUCUUUCAAAAUAUCCCUCAGUGGUUACAACUUUGUUUUUUUGCUCACUCCCUUGUAUUUAAGUUGGAAACGAACUCCUUGAUAUCUUAAAUUUUACGAGAUGUCGCUUAUCACUUCUAUAAUGGCCCCUUCAUUAUUGGUUAAUUUGCAAUCUGCAGAGCUGCAAAGGAUCAGCUGAUAUUUGGCCCUGCAGAAGUGGCAGCAUCCAGAAUACCUUGAGAUUUGAUCCAGCGACUUCACAAACCAGUAGCCUUUUUGUUGCUAAGCUCAUUAAAUACAGUCUUAGAGCAUAGUUAGAUGCUCAUAGUGUGAGAUGUUGCAGCCAAAUACCCAAUAAAAAUGACAUUUUUUCUCAAAGCAUGAAAAUUGAAAAGUAUUCAGAUUUGACAAUUUGUUGCAUGUAGUUAAAUUUGUGUCGAUGUUGUUUUCAGAAAAAAAAACUAAGGAGUACAAUAUUUUAAGAUUCCUUGGAACAAUUUUUCAAUGCUCUUUCAGGUCUUUCUUGUUGAUGGUCUCGUAUUGCGUGUAUAUUUGUUUUUAAAAUUAUUUUGUACAGUUAAUGAAACCUUUAAAUCCUAGCUGUAUUUUUCCUUAAUCAAAGGCAUAAUACUGUUAACGCGAACACGAACAAGAACAAUUUUAAUGUGGAGUAAGUAAUAUCCCUUGUUAGUCGGCACAUGCUUAAAUUUGUAUGCCUAAAUUUAUCAGACUUUUUUGGAUUAGUUGAGAAUCUUGAUCAUAAAAAUAAUAGAUACUUACGAUGUUUCCUUGCACAUGUUCAUGGGCCACUGGGCUAGUUUCUUUACAAAGUAUACAUGCUGAAUCAGUUGGCGUCAGGGGGCAUUGGCCAGACUGGAAAAGGUUAGGGCUAAUUGUCUGUCAUUAUUUAAAUUUGUUCAAUCCUUUCCAUAAGACCCAUGUGCGUUCCACAUAUUGCAGUGAUGGGGAAUUAGCUCCUUGGUUCUAUUGUAGAUUGGAUCGGGGGAUUCUGUGCCAAGUUAGUGCUUGCGAUCUAGUCCAUUGCAAUAUUUCAGUGGCAACAAACCAGAAUUAAGUUGCCAUUACAAAAUGACAGAAGUGAGUCUACUUCAUUUUAGAAAGGGACCCCUUAUGGAUGCAUUCAGUUGGUCCUAUCAUAUUUGAGUGGUCCCAAUCAACUUGCCAUUGAAUAUGCAACCACCAACUCAUACACAGGAAAUAUUACGUUAAAAAGAAUGACUUGGAUCUCCUUCGUGGUGUGAACCUAACCCCCCUAAGUCAAGUCAAGAAAAAUUAGUGUGCUACUGCAAGUACGUUCAGCUCUCUCUCUCUCUCUCUCUCAUACAUGUACAUCUAGAUCUGACUGGAUCAUACAUAUCCUGCUCUUGAGCUCUCUGUCUCUCCUAAGUCCGACAGUUGUAUUGUGGUCUUGUGUUUUAGAUUGCUAUUCAUAACCACGUAACUGAAUGUACAUGUCCUGUAAGUUAACCUCAGUCACAGUGCACCCGAUAGUUCUUUUCUUGCUUGCGGUUUGGCAGAUCAAUGGGUGGAGCACCAACCGAAUCACUGCUGGGCCUGUGGAAUGAAUGGGAGAUCCAGCUUCUUGUUGUUCUCAGCUUCACCCUGCAGGUUUUUCUCUUCUUCUUCGCAGGGGUCCGCCGCUACAGCAUCUCGUCUGUUCUGAAGGUCCUCCUCUGGCUGGUAUAUCUGCUUGCUGAUUUCACCGCAACAUAUGCUUUGGGGCACAUGUCAACAAGAUCGUCUCCCAAGCAGCACAAGCUCGUGGCGUUCUGGGCGCCGUUCCUGCUCCUGCACCUCGGCGGCCAGGACACCAUCACAGCCUAUGCCUUGGAGGACAAUCGACUUUGGCUGCGCCACUUGCUAAACCUGUUCGUGCAGGUUUCUGGCGCUGCAUAUGUGCUCUACAAAUAUAGCAUUGCAGGCUGGUCCUUGGUCCCUGCCACAAUCUUGGUUUUCACUGCCGGGGUUAUCAAGUACGGGGAGAGGAUAUGGGCAUUGAAGCAUGCCGGCAUGAAGGAUUCCAAAUGGCCUCUUCGCUCCUGUAUAGAUGUCAAAAAUCAAGAUCACUUACAAGGAGGCUUCACCACGGCCACCACGGGCGGCCAUUUUGCAAUGUAUGAAAACAUCGUACUUAUAACACACUCUUUGCUCUAUAUUUUCAAGCCUGGAAUCAUAGACAGGAAGGUCGGAAUGUCACAGUGGAACGACUAUCCGAAUCUGUGGGUUGCACAGGGAGAUGAUGGGAUCUCAAAAUGGGAGCAGACUAUGUGUCUGAAGGCGAGAGCAGAGUGCAUCUUCAAGGCAGUAGAGGUGGAGCUCUCUCUGAUGUAUGACCUCCUGUACACCAAGGCAGCAGUGAUCCACACAUGGUAUGGCUACUGCAUCCGUGCUACUUGCCUUGCUGCCUCCCUUGCCGCUCUUGUUAUUUUCACAGUAAGCAACAAAGAUGGUUACAGCACACCUGAUAUUGCUACCAGUUACAUUCUUUUGGUUGGGGCUUCUGCACUGGAGAUCAUAUCAGCUCUCAAGGCGGUUGGGUCAACCUGGACAUAUCCCAUCCUGAGAGGCUACAAAUGGGACCGGCUAGCCCGCGCAGUUCUCUUUAUACGUUACUGCUUUGUUGUCGUCAAGGAUGGAAGGUGGUGUGGUUCUGUCGGACAGUAUAAUCUGAUUUCUUUCUGCAGCCGCGAUGCGACCAAGACCAAGCUCAAAGGAAGAAUAGCCAAGUUGAUUGGGCUCGAGGACCGGUGGAACAGAGCUCAUUACACGAGACAUGCCAAACUAUCCCCUGCCUUGAAGGAGCUUGUAUUAAGGAAGCUCGAACAGAUACUGUUUUUGUCAGCCUCACAUGAAUCUUACACGGAUGGUUAUAACCGCUGGCCUGGGCGUUGGGAUCUCAAAUGCACGGGCUUCAAUGGGAGUGAUCUGCUUAACUGGAGCUUCGACUGUGAAUUCGAGGAGAGCAUCCUGAUCUGGCACUUUGCUACAGGCGUCUUCCUCAAUUGCUCUGACGUCGAAUCACAGAUCGACAAGGAUAAUCCUCAAGCUGAAGCAAUCAAUACCCUCUCUGAUUACAUGAUGUACCUCCUCACCGUGCACCGUGACAUCUUGCCCAUCUCAGCCGGAGAGAGCAUCUAUGAUGACACCUGCACUACUUUUGCCGAGGAAUGGCGUUCCUUCUCCAUCGAAAACGAGAAGCAAGGCCUUGUGGCUGAACCACACGACAUGAUUCUGAAGUAUAAAUUCGUGAAGUUUCAUCCGUCAAACACCGCUCGAUUGGGCAAAGCUGUGCUGGUGAGAGCAUGCAGGCUUGUCCGGGGAAUGCUCGGCAUGGAGUUGGACCUCACCGGCAAGCUCCAAGUGAUUGGCCAAGUGUGGGUGGAGAUGCUGUGCCACGCAUCGACGAAUGCCUCUGGGGACUUCCACACUAGGCAGCUGAGCAACGGUGGCGAGUUUGCGACCCACGUCCUGCUCCUCAUGUCAAACGUUGGACUCCACAACAGCGUGAAAGUUAGGUGUGACAUAGAUCCAUUGCCGGAUGAAUUCAUCACCUGCACAUAUGAUGAACAUGGUAACCAUGUUGUUGUCAUGCCGGAGGACAAUGAUGCGACUCUCGAAGAGGCCGUUGACGUUCCAGAGGACAAUUAUGCGACUCUUGAAGAGACCAUUUACGUUCCAGAGGAUGAUGGUACUUCUCAUGAAGAGGCUGCUGACAUCCCAGCUGGGGACGUCAGUGCCCGUCCAAAUGUCGAGCUGGAUUCGGACAAUGUCGAGAGGAACUCUGAAGGGGCCUUCUUAGUUUCUAUGCAACUCUGAAGGGGCCUUUUUCUAUGCAACUCUGAAGGGACCUUGGAGAUGCCGGAGAACGUUACUGUCGGUACAAUGUCGUGCCAUAGUUGAGCUUGCCCAAAAACUCUGAUGAAGCAUCCACUUCUUUCUCGAGUCUGCCACCGUAUUCGUCAGGUGUUAACAUUUGUAAUCCCAUUUCCAUGUCAGUUUCAUUGCGUGGUGGCAAACCAGUGAUCCACUAUGUAAUCUUGCCAACUUAUAAGUCCUCGAGGAAAUCCUGUUGAAAAAUCAGAAACUACUCAUUGGAUUCUACAAUCCUUGUGUAUUUUUUGACCAGUCUGGUAAUCUCUGCUUCUUCUGUGA